AUGGAUAAAAAAUUUUUAACAAUUGUUGUUGCUCUGGAUGAUUGUAAUGGUAUUGGACGUAAUAAUACAAUUCCAUGGCAUAUUAAAAAUGAUUUAAAAUUUUUUCGUCAUGUAACAUCAAAAGUAAAUGAUUCAAAUAAACAAAAUGCUAUUAUUGUUGGACGAAAAACAUAUGAAACAUUUCCAAAACCAUUACCAAAUCGUUUAAAUAUUGUUGUUACUAGUAAUCGAUCAUUACCAAAUACAAAUUAUUCAAAUGUUACAUGUGUUGAAACAUUUAAUGAUGCAUUAAAAUGUGCAAAUGAAAAUUUAAAUAUUGAAAAUAUCUUUAUUAUUGGUGGAGUAUUAAUUUAUGAAGAAGCAAUGAAAACAAAUCUUGUUAAACAUAUAUUUGUAACACGUGUUAAAGGUGAUUUUCAAUGUACAGCUGUUUGGUCAUCAUUUGAUGUAUCAAAUUUUAAACGUAUUGAACCGAUUCCUGAUGAAUAUCGACAAUUUUUUGAAGAUUCACAUGAAAAUCAAGAUGAAAAUAAUAAAACACCCUCAUAUCAUUUAGAAAUCUAUGAACGAGAUAUUUGA